AUGAGCCAUUGUCUUCGUGAAGCUAUGCUUGCUAAGCAAAAACUAGCUAAAGUGAUAAUCAUUGGGGAAACUUCCACUCCAGUUUGGGUGGAGGAUAUAGGCUUGAGGUUUGAGAGGACCGAGAGCGAUGUUUAUACCAUCGAGCCUAAAUCGGGAGCCAUUACUUGGCAUCCUGUCUUAGCAAAAGAGCCUCCUUGGGAUGUUUCUAAAGCUAUCGGAUAUGGGUUGUGUAGAUAUGUCGUUAUUGUUGUUGUAGAGUUUUUCGACCUUUAUGUGGUUGUUGGUGUUAUAGAAAAUUUUCGUCCUUUAUGUGAUCAUUGUUGUCGCAGUAGAGUUUUCUGA